ACAAUGACUAAAAUGUUUACCAAAAAUUAAAUAAUUGUGAAUUGUUGCGUAAAGUUUGUAUUUAUUCGUGAAAAACAUAAUAUUUAGAAUGUUGAUUCAUAAAAUUAGAAAAAAUCGAUUUAUGAACAUCAAAAUUGAUCUAAAUUAAUAGUUGAAAAAAGAAACACAUUUGAAUGAUCAAGACGUGAAACGAAAAGAUUCAAAUUCGAGAAAAACAAAGCGGUAUAAUUCUAGACAAUUUUACGUGGAAGAAAGUAACGACGUAUGAAGAAAUGAUGAUGUUCAUCGCAAAGCCUUUGUUGAGUCUGCACCUGCUCGUCCUGCUGCUGCAAUAUGCAAGAGGUGGUGUUAGUGCAUCAAAUCGUCAAAUUUCACCUGACCUGGAUUUUCAAGAUCACUUUAGUUCCAAAAAUGAAAUAAUGACAAACGACCAUCAUCAUCUAGACGGAAAUAGUUUACAUUCGCAGCAGGACUCCAAAACUGGAAUUAUUAUUCGUGAGCCUGAUCGAUCCUCUUCCAACACAACCGCCUCAACGUUGUCGUACGGUCUCCCUUUCAAACCGACUGCCGGUUUAAUGUUUCAAAAGAAGAAGUCAUCGAACGACGCUAACAGUUCCAAGUUUUCCCGGCCUCUUUCAAUGGCAGCAACUGAGCCAAAAUUUUAUUUCACAAAUCAAAAUGUGUUGAAGGAGCCAUGCUUAGGCACAGCAAGCACAGUCAGGUGCAUGAAAAGCUCUUCUAACGUCAGCGGAAGCCUCGAACGAAGCAUCAAUCAAGCUCUGCCAAAGAACAUCAAAAAGCGCGAGCACACCUCAGAUCCACACCAAAGAGAACACGCGAGGUACAAAUCAGCAAAGAGCGGCCGUAGAAUAUCUCGCAAUGCUGCUGGAGGACCUUUUUUCGACCCAAAGUCUCCUGAAGAAGUGAAGGUGGCUAUUGGAACCACGGCCCACGUGCCGUGCAUGGUACGCAACAUUGGGACGAAGCAGGUAUCCUGGAUUCGGAACCGCGACUUGCACGUUCUCACGGUAGGCGCCUUCACGUUCACAACCGACGAUCGGUUCAGCGCGCACAGAGAUACAAUCACCAAAGACUGGGUGCUGAUCAUCCAGCACACAGACAUCCAAGACUCCGGCCUGUACGAGUGCCAGGUGCCGACCAAACCUGUCACAUCCCAUACUGUGCAGCUCAAGGUGCUCGUGCCCCGCACCGAGCUGGUGGGAACCUCAGAGGUUCACUUGGAACGCGGCUCAUCGUUGAACCUGACUUGUCUGGUUCACGACUCGCCGUCUGCACCAGAGUUCAUCCUUUGGUACCACAAGGACAAGCUUGUGAACUACAGCGCGAGCAGCGGCUCCAUCAGCAGCGGCCGGGGCUCCAUGGGCGCUGAAGGGGGCCGUGUCAGGGUACAGACAAGCCACACCAAAGACACGUCCAGGUCAUCGCUGCUCGUCAGUAACGCCACCACACGAGACUCUGGACGCUAUCACUGCGAGCCUUCAAACGCACCUAAGGCGGUCGCGCUCGUGCAUGUCAUUCCAAGCGAAGACCCAGCAGCCAUGCAGACGACCAAUUCUGUGGACGCCAACGAAGCGUCCGGUAUGCUUCUGCUGCUGACAGCUCUGCUGGCCAUCAUGCUUAAGUCGGUCCUCCGUGUCUGCCGGCAAUGUCCACCAACUCAGUGUCGGUCGUGGGCUCAAACUUACAGCAUUGCGAGGCACUUACAGAAAAUUGACUCCACUCAUAAACACGAAUCGCCUUAUUUCUCAGGGUUCACUGAUACUGAUCUUUGUUGUGCAAAAAUCGUUGUGGACCGAAAGAAAUCUGUGGACCAGGCUCAUCGAGAUGAUAAAUUCAAAACGUUGUCUCGUCCAAAAGUUAUUUUCUUCGAAAAUCAGCGUACUGCACAUGUCGAUCGCAGUAUGACUGUAAAGAUGGGGACAGCGUCGACGACGUUGAGCAGCCCGAGUAAGUUCAUUAUUCAUGAACUUGACUCAAAGGUUGCACAUCCUCAGAAAUAUUAUAUGAGCGUGAGAUAAGGCACUGAUUCCAGUUGUGUUCAAGCUCCUAAUAAAAGAUGUGAAUAUUGCUGAUAACCGAGAAUAGUAUACCCUGUCUAAUAUUCUUCGACUAUAAUGAAUCAAACACAGACGAUGAUGCGUCUUUUGCUACGCCAUUUGCAUGCUUUCAUGUUAAAAUAAUUCAAAUGAUAAAGUAAAUUAGUUUAAACUUGUAUGAACAAUGAGAUUAUCACGUGAUCUUUUAAUUAAAGAAACAAUUCUAGCGUUUUCAUGGAGUAUUUUUGAAUGCGGAGUCUAGAACCAAGUGAAAAAAUGUUUUUAAGUGUUUCUAUGUUGAGAUUACUAAUACUGGUUAAGGGCCACUUUGAUUCUAUUUUACCCUAAAUCGCAGAUUUUAAGCUUUUUUCAAAGAAGCCGCGCAAGCAAACUUUCACGACUGUUUUGAAGCGAACACAAUGGAAUUCUUUCGUUGUGUAGUUGAAAGCUAUACUCAAAAAUUCAACUGAGUUUGAAUGGAAUCACACGUAUAAAAAUUUCCAUUUACAAAAAAUACUAUCAAUCGUUAAUCAAGCGCAAUUUUUGCAGCAAUUCAGAUCGGUUUUACUGGAGAGAUAAACAAAAAAUUUUGAUCGAAUCUACAAGUUAAGUUAUUACUUUAACUUAUUUAGAAAAUAAUCUUCAAUCGAAUUGAGCCGCCUAGAUAUUACAGUUCAGCAUUAAAUUACAAUCGUUGCUUAUUAAAAAUGGUUAUUCACUGUUGGUCAUUAUAUGGCCAGUGUUAAUUUGAGUACUAAUGUUUUUUUAUAGUUGGGUUUAAGACUUGUGGCGACAAAUGCGCCCACCAGCCUGAUCUCUGUUAGAAGCUACUAAUGGUGAGCUGGGCAUUGACCUGCCAUAUACUCAACUGUUGUUGGCCGUGAGCCCUUGCAUGUCGAGAAGUGAUGUGUAAUCUUAAGUCGGAAACAAAGUGUAAAGUUUUAUCUUAGCAGUGACCAUUAUAUACAUAAUUCGUUUUCUGAUAAAGAUAU